UCCUAACUGAGCUCACCACCUCUUCCAGCAUCGCCAGGAUCAUGCUAUCACAGCCCAAGACCAAGGGAGCCUUUGACAGCUUUACUCCAAAUGGCAUCAUCAUCCCCCAAGAAGAGAAGCCUGUACACAGCUACCAAAAAGAAGACAACCCCCUGAACUCUAUUCAGAAAGAAGCUACAGUCCUUGGAAUUAUCCAGAUCCUGUGUUGCCUGUUGAUUUCAAGUUUGGGGGCAAUUUUGGUCUGUGCUCCUUACUCUUCACACUUCAAGCCAACAAUUUCCACCAUUUUGAUGUCUGGGUACCCAUUUGUAGGAGCUCUAUGUUUUGCCAUUACUGGAUUCCUCUCCAUCAUUUCUGGGAAAAAGUCAACUAUGCCCUUUGCCUUUUGCAGUCUGAUCUCAAGCGCAAUAAGUUCUCUCACUGCUGGAGCAGGCCUCUUCCUCCUUGCUGGAGGCCUGGUAGCCCUGGGGACUGCUUCUCGACGGUGUGACUCAGAAAGGGAAUCUCUAUCCUCAUUGCCUUAUUCAGUGUACUAUUAUCCAAUUUAUGAAUUUAAGGACUGUCUGCUGACUAGUGUCAGUCUGACGCGGGUGCUGGUGGUGAUGCUCAUUUUCACUGUGCUGGAACUCUUAAUGGCUACAUUCGCCUCCAUCCUUUGGUGGAAACAGGUGUACUCCAAGAAGCAAGGGAGUACAUUUUCCUUGCCUCAGUCACAAGGUUAUAUCCGACAUGUUGAAAAGUCUUCAAGGUCAUGGAUAGGAGUAACGCUGCAGAAGAAAAAGGAGGAGAAAGCCAGGGUUCCUGGCAAAGUGUGGUUAGACUUUCCUGAAAUUUCAGCUACUCUAGAGAUGAAAAUAAACGUUUAGAAAACCG